GUUUAUUACAAACGUUUAACAUUUCGGUACCUAAAUAUGCCCAAGGAAAAAUCGCGACGUCGCAGUCGCAGUCGCAGUCGUAGCAAGGACAGGAAAAGCUCACGGACUCACAGUUCUAAGCACAAGCACAAACGUAGCCACGACAAGCAUCGGGACAGAUCCACAAGUGAGCUCGAACGUGGGCGGGAGAAGGAACGGGAACAAGAACGAGAUAGAAAUCACCACAAGCGGAGAGAGCACCGCAGCAGAAGCCGUGAUCGAAGCAGUAGGAGGCACAAAGAGCAGAAGCAGCCACGACGCAAAGAGCAUCGGACACGGUCUUCCUCAUCAUCAAGCUCAUCCACGUCCACAUCAGCUUCGUCGUCCUCGUCAGCGUCUAAGCGACGGGAUCGCGCUGCAGGCGAAAGAGCAGUAGGUAAGCGCAGUCCCGAAAUGAAUUCAAUAAAGCUGCUACAAACGCUGGAGGAGCGCCGCUUGCGGGAACAGCAGGAACGCCAGCGUUUAAAGGAGGAGCUGAAGGCCAAGGAGACGCCCGAGGAGAAGCGUGCACGUCGCCUGCGCGAAAAGCAGGCCAAAGAGCAGCGGCGACGCCAGCGCAUGGGCUGGGAUAACGAGUACCAAACGUACUCCAACGAGGACAACCCAUUCGGCGACUCCAAUCUGACCUCCACCUUCCACUGGGGCAAGAAACUCGAGGUCGAGGGUCUGUCCAAUCUAUCCAGCAAGACGGUCGAAGUGCUGUCGCUGCAGAAGCAACUGGAGAAUCGUCGCGAACUGGAGAAGGUCAAAAAGCUGCGUCAAGAGCGCGAAUUGGAGCGGCAAUCGCGCGAGGACGACGCCAUGCAACAGCAGCGUGCCAAGGAAGCGGUUCAAUUCCGCGAGUGGCAGCGUCAUGAGGACCAGUUCCAUCUGGAGCAGGCGCGUCUGCGCAGCGAGAUUCGCAUACGCGACGGACGUGCCAAACCAAUCGAUCUGCUUGCCCAGUACGUAUCCGCUACCAACACAGAGGCUGAACUGGAGGAUGCCCUGGAGAUGCAAAUGCACGAGCCAUACAUGCUGCUGCACGGCCUGAACAUAGACGAACUGGAGGAUCUGCUGGUCGACAUCAAGGUGUACGAGGAGCUGGAGCAGGGCAAGCACAUGGACUUCUGGAACGAUAUGGUCACCAUUGUGCAGGAUGAGCUACAGAAGCAGCACAAGAUUCAGCAGAGCGAGGCGAAUUCGCUGAACCAGCGUCGCGAUGGCAUACACCAGAGCGUUGUCAAGGAUGUGGCGGACAUCUUUCGCGGCAAGAACGCCAAACAGCUGGAGGAGAUGCGCGCCCGCAUCGAGGCCAAGAUAAGCGGUCGUGCCGAUGGCGUUGACAUUAGCUACUGGGAGAGCCUACUCUCGCAGCUGAAGGCGCACAUGGCACGUGCCCGUCUGCGGGAUUGUCACCAGGCACUGCUGCGCGAGAAGCUGCAGCUUUUGAAGCGUGACAACGAUCCACCAAAUGUCGUUGAGAUCGUCUCACCAUCUGCCUCGCUGUCUAUAAAGCAAGAGUCGGACCAAGAGGAGCAGGAGGAGCACGAGGAGGAGGCUGGACAGCAACAGGAGACGUCAGAGGCGGACGAGCACAACUUUGAUAGCCCGCUAAGGGAGCUGGAGAACUCGUGCCAAAUUUACAAACAGCUCAACUAUAGUCCCACCUAUAUACGCGAGGAGGAUUUCAGCGGUCGCCGUCUGACCGCCGCCGAUGAGGACAACAUCGAUGGCGGCCUGUACGCGGACAGCGAUGAUGAGCGGCGCGUGCAGCGCCAGCGUUUGCUGUUCGUGCAUCCGGAACGCGUAGACCUGGCAAUGCUGACGCCUCAAGAGCUGCGCAUGCGCGGCGAGGCGCGCAAGGGCAUGCAGGGCGACGAGGCUGAGUUCAGUGUGGAGACCACACUGGAUGCAGUGCCUCAGCUGGCCACCGAUAAGUAUCGGCCGCGCAAGCCGCGCUACUUUAAUCGCGUGCACACGGGCUUUGAGUGGAACAAAUACAAUCAGACGCAUUACGACAUGGACAAUCCGCCGCCAAAGAUUGUGCAGGGCUACAAGUUUAACAUAUUCUAUCCGGAUCUCAUGGACAAAUCGCAGACGCCGCAAUACUUUCUCACCCCCUGUGCGGACAAUGCUGACUUUGCGGUGCUCCGCUUCCACACGGGUCCACCCUACGAAGACAUCGCCUUCAAGAUCGUCAACCGCGAGUGGGAGUUCAGCUACAAGCGCGGUUUCCGUUGCCAGUUCCACAACAACAUCUUUCAGCUUUGGUUCCACUUCAAACGCUAUCGCUAUAGGCGCUAAGCCCACUUUAUUGUGUUGUCCUUUAGCUGUUUUUUUUUCUUUUUUAAUAUAAAAUAAAUAUAUUUGUCUCUAAAAACUCAU